AUGUUUGACUCAGUAACGUUUCUUCUUGAGAAACUGUGUCUCUUUUCCAUUUUUAAUCUAUUUAAAUGCACUUGGUCUGACGACGACAAGUGCAGGAAACACAGUCAUGCGACUUCUUUCCAGAGGGGUGAUCUCUUAGAGGUCCCUCGCACCUUGUUCAUCCACUCUGGUAUUUACCUGGGUGAAAACAAAGUGGCGCAUCUUAUUCCGGACAUCCUGCCUAACCUCACAAGCGACAAGAAUCAAAUUAAUGAAGUUGUCACUAAUAAAAGAUUGCUUUUGGGCGUUCUGUCCAAGACUGCUAGUAUACGGGUUGAUACAGUUGAAGAUUUUGCAUUCGGAUCCAAUAUUUUAGUCAACAGCAUGGAUCAUGCAUGCAAAAAGCAGCCACUGCCCAGCGAGGACAUCGCCAAAAGAGCCGAAGCAUUGAUUGGGGUCAUAUCUUACAGCUUGAUGUGGAAUAAUUGUGAGCACUUUGUUACCUACUGCAGAUACGGCUCCGCUGCAAGUAUGCAAACCGACCAGUUCCUUGAAUUCCUGAAGUCUGUGGUCCGGGACCAGAGGAGCGUCCUAUUUACCGUUGGUCUAGGUCUCAUAUCCAUCGUUUGCUUUGGUAUGGCGCCCUCCACUGCGCUACCCACUCUUCUAAUCCCAUUCAUUCUUUGGAUGGCUGGCUAACUGACCUGAGAUCAGACACUGCAGCUGCACUGGUACAUCACAUCUGUAACUCUAAGAGGAAGGGAAAUGGUGUUUGUUUGUUUUUUGUUUGUUCGUUUGUUUUGCACAAGUUUUUUAAUGCACCACUUACUGUGUAAGUCUGUAUUUUCUGUCACCAAUUCAUUUUGUCUCAAAUAUGAUUACAUUCUUUGUGAUAUUGUGUGCUGUUCAUACCUUGGAGAAGAUUGUAUAGAACUGUUUUUUUACAAUUAUAACAGUUGUUUCUGGAAGAGGUGUAACUCGCACACUGGUGCAAUAAUUUCUCUCCAAAUAUGAGAAAAUAAUGGAUAUUGCAGUCAGCUGUACCUUCAAGAUUCCGUCAAUGCUGAAAAUGAAUGCGUGUGGAAGGAAUGAGGGUUAAUAAAGAGAGAAGAAGAGGUUUGAGUUUUCAUAAAGACUUGGAGCACCAAAGGGUUUCAGAAGAAAACUCUGGAAAUAUGCUUGAUUGGGCAUAGUAAUAUUUCAUCAAUGAAAAGGGCCAUUAAAUUGUGGUGUAUCCAAACAAGCACUGUCCAUGCAUUGUGAAAACUAAGUGUUCAGUUUACUCUGAUGGUUUUAUGAAACUGACUGCCUUAAACUAUGUGUGGAAGUAUAGAAACUUAAUCUGUUCAUGUGUUCACUGUUCUUUAAGUGUGAGUUGAGUUGAUGACUUGAGCAUGUUUGCCUCAUGCCGAAGAUGGGAAUCCCUGGUUUGAAGAAUUAGUAGUCACUGUAGCACAUUUUUUCAUAAGGGGUAGCAGUCAGUAGAAGUACUUUAUGACAUUUUAAUGUAUCAAAGUGAUUAAUCUAUUAUACAUUUAAUGUCAAACAUUGAGAUAUGGAAUAUAUAAAUUUUUUUUGUAAUAACUGUCUUGAUGCCAGUCUGAUCACAACUGUAUUGAUACUGUAUGUAUAAGGGUUGGGGAAAGACAAUAUUUAAAGACUGCAUUUGUAAAUUAAUGUAUUGCAUUCAUUUUUUGGGGGAAAAUUUGUUUGCUCUUUACACACAUUGACUAGGAUUUAACCAACAUUUGUCCUUAACUCUGACUUGCAAAUAAAUUUAUAUUUAUUUACAAA